GCGUCUUGCUCCCAAAGCCGUCCAGAGCAUCACGUUAUCUGAGGCCCCCCCACACGGACAUUGCAGCGAGCUACUACCGCUACCUGAGAGCCACUAAUUAGCCUUAACCCGACCCAUAGCCAACCUCCGUCUACGCAUUUCGUCUGCAGAGUACCAGCGCUCAAAGGUGCCCUCUAUCUGCGGAGAACCAAGAAUACACACAGAGGCAUUUUCGACUUUGUUUGCCCUCUCUUUUCUUUCUUCUGGCUGCCUGCGCAUCUUGGGUGGAUCGGAACAGCUGGAAGUGCUCAAAGCCGACCGCCAGGGCCUUCUUCCAAGAAUCUGCAUCAGGCUGCAUUUCCUGAGCUCCAUCAGCGACCUUUCCGACAAGCAUCGCCCACUUCACAGCGAAGGCUCGCACGCUGCUUGCUUCCAAGUUGAAAGAAACUUGGGAUUCUACCUACUGCCUAACGAUCGAGCCCGACCCAACCUUGAUCGACUUUUGCUCUGCGUCCAGUGCAACGGUCGUCUCGCCGCCAAUCCACCGCUUCCUCACCUGUUUGCAUCUCUACCUCGCCCAUCAUGUCUGAUCCGUUUGCACCGCGCACUAUGAAGCGCAAGAACGUCAAGGGCCUCGCCCUGACGCCAGCAGCGCCGCGUCCCUCGCCGACAGCCGAUACAAGUAGACGUGGCUCAGAAGUCAACAAAGACGAGGCUGGCAAAGAGGAGCAAUUGGAAAUUGGCAUUGAGUAUAAGCUCGACUUGAGACCAGAGGAGCUCGAGGUGCUGAAAGAACUCGGCUCUGGCAACGGCGGAACUGUCAGCAAAGUCAAACAUCUGACGACAGGAACAGUCAUGGCCCGCAAGGUGAUACACGUGGAAGCCAAAAAGGAGAUGCGAAGACGAAUCGUUCGAGAGCUCCAGAUUAUGCAUGGAUGCCACUCUGAUUAUAUUGUCACAUUUUAUGGCGCCUUUUUGAAUUCCAACAACGAUGUGAUUAUGUGUAUGGAGUAUAUGGAUGUUGGUGCACUUGACAGGGUUUCAAGUGUCUUUGGCCCGAUCCGUGUGGAUGUAUUGGGAAAGAUUGCAGAAGCAACUUUGGGCGGUCUGACAUAUCUCUACGUGAAACAUCAUAUUAUGCAUCGAGAUAUCAAGCCGUCAAACGUCCUCAUCAACUCUCGCGGUUCUAUCAAACUUUGUGAUUUCGGUGUGUCUGGAGAGUUGGUUAACUCCAUUGCCGACACCUUCGUUGGCACGUCGACAUACAUGGCACCCGAAAGAAUCCAGGGCGAAAAGUACACUGUCAAGUCAGACGUGUGGAGUUUUGGUCUGACCAUUAUGGAGCUUGCUAUUGGAAAAUUCCCUUUCAACACAAACGAGCACAUUGACGAGGAUGACUCGGGUCCGGCCGGAAUAUUGGAUCUGCUGCAGCAAAUUGUCAACGAGCCGGCUCCAAAGCUCCCCAAGAGCGACGCUUUCCCCAGCAUCUUGGAGGACAUGAUUCAGAAGUGCCUGUUCAAGGAGCCAGAAAAGCGACCUACCCCACAGGAGUUAUUUGAACGAGAUCCUUUUGUUCAGGCGGCCAAGAGGACCCCGGUGGAUCUCAAGGCGUGGGCUUUCAGUCUCAUGGAGAAAGACAACCGCAAGUCUCAUCUUGUACCCCAGAUAUCCCCCAGUGGUACCCAGGAUCUGCUUCGAUCUAGCGACUCAUCGCCAAGGUCGCGCAACAACGAGGAGCCCCAGUACGGCGAAAUCCCGAUUGCCGGAGUCGGUAUCUUCUCACCGAAAGAUCGAGCGCCCAUACAGGAUCGAUCACCCUCUCGAAAUGGCGUAGCCGCCGGUCGACCUGCUCAUCCGGGCCUCGGACAGCGAGGAGCCACCACCAAUUCGAUUCCUCAGGCCUCUUCCUCCAACGCCAACACCUUUAACCUCCCCGUCCGGCCAGCGCCGCCAACGAGCUCCUUUGCGCCACAAGGAGCACCACAAAAGCCCGUGUCGGCGGACGAAGUGCGAAGUCAGAGUCGAAGGCAGCCCAAAUUUGGUCUGCCCUCCAACCCCAAUCCUUCAUAUGGCGUAUAGGAUCCGCCACCAUAUUAUUGACCUCUCUGACUUCCAUGUCUCUGCAUCUUCUCACCAAUUCCUGCCUCAGCAUCAUGGCGGCGCAUCUUACUUUUGAUGAGACUCUCUCUUCUCUCUACGCUUUUCUCUUAUUAGAGGUGCCGAAUAAGGGAGAAUAGCCAAGGGAAGACUCUUUGGAGUGGGCUGUGGAAUCUGUGAAAUAGCAAUGAAUUUUCACUGGAAAAAUAUUCUGAUACACCUCAUUAGGAUGAAACGAUAGGAUUGUGUUUUAUGUUA